AUGCAUGGAAGCCGGCUUGCCGAAGCAUUGACAUUCACACUCACCAACACCGACCACAGUCUGCUCGUCUUUGUCGGCCUUCCAGCCCAUCCAAUCCUUUCAAUACAUCCCAGCCUCCACAACACCUGCACCAUCCCACCUGCUCGGGAAACACGACUCGUCGCGAUGCGCCUCGUCCACCAGUCGUCCACAGGCCCUCUGCCCCGCAACGAUUUCACACUCUUCUCUCUUUCUUGA